AUGGUCAAUCCAAUACGGAGGACACAAGAGAAAUUGGGUUACAGAAUUAAUUUCUUUUCGCACCACAAAGCAUCAGGACUUCCAAAUAACUGCCAGGAGGGAGGAUAUGCAUAUGUAGAGGGGCAUUUGUGUUUUUUUUUCUUAUUUCAGAUAUCUUCCCAAGAAAAUUGCUUACCAAGUGAGUACCAAGAACUACUUCCACAACCCAUAAGAGAAAAUUGGGUUACAGAAUUGAUUGCUUUUCGCACCACAAAGCACAAGGACUUCCAAAUAACUGCUAGGAGGAUAUGCAUAUUUAAAGGGGCAUUUGUGUUUUUUUUUUCAUUUCAGAUGUCUUUCAAAGAAGACAUUGUAUUGUAUGUCUAUAUGUUUUACCAAGAUAUACACGAACCACCAAGAGACCACUACCGAAUUAAAGGAUAUGUACAAGUCUUGCACGAGAUUUGGCAGAAAAUAUCAACUCAAAACCAACUAGCACCACUACUACCUGAACUACCGCCUACAACUGAAUUGGAUGAUAUGACAUAAUCGAAAGGUAAAUUAACUGUGAGAUAAGACUUGUAUUAUUAUAGUAGUAUUUAUUUAAUAUCAGGUUAGGGGGCGUUU